UGCUGGCCUUUACAAGGGCAACAGGGCCAGGUGGUCAUCAGGUUGGCAGCACGAGUCCAUCUGACUGCUGUCAGUGUGCAGCACAUCUACAAAGAGGUCUCUCCAUCUGGGACCGUCACCAGCGCCCCCCCGAGACAUGGCUGUGUUUGGAUUGAAUGCAGACAGAGAAGAAGAAACUCUCCUUGGGAUGUUCGAGUACAACGUGGCAAAAGAGGCCCUUCAGACCUUCCCUCUGAAGAACACACACAGAGCCUUUUCACACAUCAAACUGGUUGUGAAGAGCAACUGGGGGUACCCAGACUACACCUGCAUUUAUCGAGUGCAGGCUCAUGGAAAGAUGGCAGAACCAGAAAACCUCAACUGAAACCAGAGAAGAA